GCCCUUGCGAAACGCCGAGAAGGGAAGGGAGGGGGAGGGCAGUCGCUCGCUCCGCUCCAGGGCGUCGCCUCGUCGCCUCCGACACGACGACGGUAUUGUCCAAGCCGCCCGCCUUCCGCGUCAACCCUGCGCGCCGCUCUCCCCGACCGACGGCACCCUGAACCUGGACACCGCGAGAGUCACUUCCCGCAGGCUGGCAACACGCCAAGGAUAGCCCAACGUGCAGCGCGCAGGCUAGGCUGGCCAGGCUGGCCGACCACGUGAUGGCCCUGCUCUGGGCCGCGGCCCUCGCGGCCUUGAUGGCCACCACCGCCGCGCACGCCGCGGCCACCACCCCCGCACCACCCGCCCCCACGCCACUGCUGGCCGUGUCCGUGAACCCCAAGAAAAUGGCCGCCCUGGUGGGCGAACGCUUCAUCGGCCUCACGAUGGACCCCAUGGAGCUCUCGGAGCACCGGAAACUCGGGCCGGGCGUCGUCCGCACGCAGGCCAUGGCCAAAGGCUUGGCGCCGGCCGUCCUGCGACUGGCCGGGCCGUCCAGCGACACGCUCAGCUUCACCACGGGCAGCGCGAAGUCCGGCAACGGCACCGUCACAGAGGCCGACCUGCUGGCGGUGGCGGAGUGGACGCGCGCCGUGGGCUGGGACCUGGUGGUGGCGCUCAACGCGCUGGCCAGGGACGACGACGACAACUGGGACGCCACCGAGGCCAGGCGGCUCCUCGCCGUGGCCGACCACCACGGCCUCCCCGUCGGCCUGCAGCUGGGCUACGAGGCCGGCGCGCUGGACCUGGCCGGCGUGAGCGGGUGGCGGCUCGGCGCGGACCUCUCGGCGGCGCACUCGCUGCUGGCCGAGUUCCCCCGCUACCAGGACGCCCUGCUGCUGGGGCCAGACGUAGCCGCGGCCCUCGCCGCCAGCCGCUUCGCCAGGGACGCCGCGCACUUCCUGCAGGACGAGACCCGCGCCUCCUCGCCCGACGCCAUCGUCUGGCAGCCGUGGGCCGACUCUUCCGAGGGCAGGGACCCCGUCAGCGACCUCGACCUAGUCCGCGAGGAUGUGAACCGUCUACUGGGCCGCGCCGCCGCCCGGCGUCCGCUGUGGAUCGCCGAGUCCGGGGAGUCCACGACAUCCAGGACCUUCUCCGGCGCCCUCGAAUGGGCGCAGCGCGUGCAGGUGGCGGCCCGCGUCGGCGCUGACGUCAUCCUCCGCCAGUGGCAGACGCUCGGCGACGACCACCAGCCCACGCCCGACUACUGGGUGUCGCUGCUGUACCGCCGCCUGUGCGGCCGCGCCGUGCUGGACUCCAAGGUGGCCGGCGACAAGUCCGCCGCCACCGUCACCGCGCAGUGCACCGCCGCGGCGGCGCCCACGGACGCCCUCAACGCCCGCCUCCACGGCAGCUUCACCAAGCUGAGCUACGAGCGCGGCGACGUCACCCUCAUGGCCGUCAACCCCACCGCGAAGGACGCCAAGGUCGCCAUCAAGUUCAGCCCCGCGGCCGGCAUCCGCCAGGCCAUCGUCCACGAGUACGUGCUCACCGCCCCCGGCCACGACCUGGGCUCCAGGUCCGCGCUGCUGAACGAUCACCUGUUGGCGAUGGACAACGGCGGCGUGCUCCCGGGGCUUACCCCGCGCGUGCGCCGCGCCGACCGCGACGUGACGCUGGAGGUGCCCGCCCACUCGGUGGCCUUCUUCGUGUUCCCCGGAGCGCAGGCGCGCGUCUGCGUCACCGCCCCGCCCAGUGCCGUGGAGGCCGAGGCCACCGCGGUGCCGCUGCAGCUGCGACCCACCACCGAGGACGUGCACGUGCAGUUCCACGUGGAAGGGCUGGGGGCGGCCUCCAAGAGCAAGGCCAAGGACAAGCUGGCCACGGAGAACGCCAAGGUCGUUUCCAAGGACGACGCCCUUAAAAACAGCCACCGCAGCGAGAUGCACUCAUCCAACGGCAGGCCGCUGGCCUGGGCGACGGUCACGGAUCUGGAGCAGGUCGCCGAACCGGCGGACGCCACGGAGUCUACGCCACGGUCCAAGCGCGCCAGCCCGCCGCCCCACCACCCAGCCCGUGGGCCCGCCACGCCCGAGGACUUCAUGGAGCGCCUGGAGAAGGCCCAGGCCGCGCAGGCCGCCAGGCGGAAGCACAUGCUGUCGCACGCGCCCCAGCACGCGCCCCAGCACGCUAUGCAGGCCCAGGACGAGGUGCCCGACGACCACCCCUCCACCAUCCCCGCCGCGCACAUGUACCGCCCCGACGACAAGGAGGACGCCCCACCCAAGGCCGCGCACAGACUGCCGCACAAGCCCUUCAAGCUGCCCAGCCUGCCCAAGCGCGCGCCCUUGGUGCCCGCCCCGCCCCGCCACGGCCUCCCCAAGCGGCCUGCCGCGCCGGCGCCGCGCUUCAAGCCCCUGCCCAGGACGGGCGCGGUGGUCGCCUCCCUGGUGGACCCAACGCGCGGCGUCAGCGCCGAGGACGCGUCCGUGGAAGUGGAGGACGACAAGCAGGACAGCUUCCCCACGGGCGAGGUGCUCGCGGAGCUCGGCGAGUCGGACGAGGACGCGGAGUCCUCCGACACGUCCAGGGACGACGGCCUCGACUACAUCGAGGACGACGAGGACGAGGAGCAUGGCCCGGCCGAGGCUGCCGCGCCGCAAGCUACACGACAGGAGGUCCCCGAGCCCACGGACCAGUACUACUUCGCGCCCGGGGAGUUCGUGUCCAGCCCGAGGCAGCAGGGUGCCGCCCCCGUCGCCACCAACAGGGCACCCUCCGACGGCGAGCUCGGCGAGAUGGACAUGAUCGUGCCGGCCAUGGAGGUGGCGCAGCCGAGCACGCCGUCGCCCUUCGAGCCUCACCUCGAGGAGUUCGUCGUGAUGCCGGUGCCGCAGAGGGAGAACCGCGCGCGCGUCGAGGAGGACAUGACCCGCCUGUACCAGAGCGAAGCGGACGCAGCACAGGACCAGCAGCCACCGGCCGACGAGGACCAGCAGGAGCUGAACACGGACGUGCUCAUCGAGCUGGGCAAGAAGUACCUCCGCGAGAAGAAGAUGGCACUGAAGCAGGACCGUGGCGCCGAGGAGGCUGUCGCGCCGCCCGCGCCGUCCGCACCGUCUGGCCCGGGCGAGGAGGAAGAGGUGGACCCCCAGCAGAAGUUGCGGCGCAAGCGGCAGGCGGUGACCAGGCUCAGCCUGCCCUCCGGCGCCACUGGCAAGCCGCGGGAAACGCGUCUCCGCCCGCCCAGGCCGCCAGCACCGCCAUCCAGGACCGGCAGCGGCGAGGACGCGAGGAGGACCCGGGACUUGCUCAAGGAGCUGGAGCAGCGUGCCAGCGAGCGGCGAGAACGCGCGGAGAAGAUGAGAGAGCAGUCGCCCAGCGGCGUGAGACCCAGAGAGCAGCCCGACAGGGAGCGCCUGUCCAGGGCCAGGGAGCAGUUGGAGCAGCAGCGCCAGCAGCGGGGACAGCAGCGGGAACAGCCCGACAGGGAGCGCCUGUCCAGGGCCAGGGAGCAGAUGGAACAGCAGCGGCAGCAGCGGGAACAGGCCGAGCGUGAUCGCAUCGCGAAGGCGCGAGAGCAACUGCAGGAGCGGUUUCCGCCGCGGAGGGAGCGCGUGAAGCGUUCCGACGCCGCGUGCGAGUACCUGGACUCCUUCGGCCGCCACGACGGCCACGACGCCCUGGCGCACGCCGGCCACGCCUGGCACAAGGUGGUGCCCGCCGCGCUGCCGCACUACCACCGCACCCUGCAACGCUUCGACGGCACGCCCGCCGCCCGCUACAAGUACGGCCACACGCCGCAGCACGCGCACAAGAACGUGCACAAGAACGUGCACCGCGAGGUCCUCAAGAAGACCAACGUGGUGCGCUACCUGCCCGCCGAGGAGGAGGACGCCGAGGAGCAGGAGAAGGAGGUGCGCAGGGUGGACGAGAGCAGCGAGGAGGAGCAGAGGCCCGCCGGCAACCAGCUGCGCCGCCGCCAGCACCAGACCUACCGGCCGCACGACAACCUGGGCACGCUCUGGGCGGGCAGCCCCCUCUCGCCGCUGCAGCAGCAGUGGGUGUCUACUCGUCCAGUCGUUCGAAAAGCGCCUCAAGUCGAGGAGACGUCGUACGAAGUGGCGACGCCCGAGGUCGCCGAGACGCCCGCGGAUGACGAGUCCGCCACGGAGUACGCCCCCGGCGAGUUGAAGACCACCGAGAUCUUCAAGACGGAGCGCACCUACGAGACCCCGGCGACGGAAUCCUGGGGUGUGCCUGACGCGGAGGAGGACGCCGGCUACAGCUCUGGCUCGGCCGGUGACGACGCCGAGGAGGCUAGCAGCGCGAGCUACGCCUCUCUGGAGCAGACCACCCCGCACCACCACCACGGCCUCCACCAUCACCACCACGGGGUGGCUACCCACAUCACCAAGGACGUCUACCGAAAAGCGUCUGCAGGACAACACCAAGAGCAGUCCGAAGAGCAGUCUGGCGAGCAAGAACAGCCCCAGCAAGACGCACCCCAAUGGCAGACACGGGUCGAAGACCGCCAGGACGCCUCAGCGCAUCAGCCCAUGGUGCCCCCCGAGGCGGAGGGCGACAUCGGCCCCCUGCCCGAGUUCCCCUUCAGGGAGCCACACGGCCCCAAGAGCCACGUGGUGGGCUUCACUGCAGACGACUACUCGCCGGGAGGCUGGUACACCUUCUCCAGUGGUGGGGCGACCACGCAGUCAAGGCAGCAGUCCUCCGCCGCGGCCAGCUACUCCAGCACCCCGAGCCGCAAGCAGGUGACGCAGGCGAAGCAGGCCCCCGUCGACCGCCACCCAAUCCCAGCCGCCUGGACGCGCCCCGCAGCCCCGGCCGCACCGGCACGCUCGCCAGACGCCUACGAGCCUGAGUACGCGGCCCCCGUUCCAGCCAGGCCCGCGCCGCAGCCACAGCCAGCCCCCGCCAUCCGCACGGCCUACUCGGCCACCAGGGUGGCUUCGCGUCCCAGUGUCCAACAGGACUCCGAGGUCGAGGUCGCAGCUCCACCAAGCAGCUGGCAGCAAACCAUCCCGGCCACCCAUACGGCCUACACGACCAUCCGGGAGCCAUCACGGCCCAGCCUGCAGCAGGACGCCGACAUCGAGGUUGUGCCUCCCCGAGGCAGCUGGUCCACCGCGUCUCAGACACACCGCGUCGAGGUCGCGCCCUGGAGGGAAGCCGCCGCCGUUCCAGCAGAAACGCCGACAGUGGUGCCUGCGAGGCCUGUUGAGCGGCUCUCAGCGCCAGAGUACCUGCCGCGCCCCAGCAGGCUCCAAGCAAGCUACCAGCCGUCCCCUCGCCAGUACCAGCCGCAACUCAGCGUCGCCGUCGAGGAAGCGCCAGAGUACCUGCCCGCGCCCCAGCAGGCUCCAAAGCCAAGCUACCAGCCGUCCCCUCGGCCCCAGUACCAGCCGCAACUCAGCGUCGCCGUCGAGGAAGCGCCGGAGUACCUGCCCGCACCCCAGCAGGCUCCAAGGCCAAGCUACGCGGCCGCGGCCGCGCCCCGCCGCCAGUCAGCCCCGCAGCAGAAACCGCAGAGAGAAGUCCCUCAGGCCCUUGCCUACCUGGCCAAGUUCUUCCAGCCCGUGGAGCCGGUGCAGCCUGUGCAGCAGACGCGGCCCGUGAAGAAACAGCCCGCGCGCGCCCGGGACCCCUGGGCGCAGCCCGCUGCCGCCGACAACCUGUGGAGCCAACCCGACCAAGCGGCGCCCGGCUGGGGCCAGCCCGCUGCAGGACCUGCGCCGUGGAACCGGCCUGCUUCUGCUGCUGAUCCCUGGGUGCAGACCGAUGACGCCUGGAGCGAGCCUGCUCCGGGCGGCAGCCUCUGGAACCAGCCCGCGCAGGCCUCCAACUCCUGGAGCCAGGCAGCGCAGGCGGCGCCCGCCGAACAGCAGUGGGGCCUGCCAGCUGUCCAACAACCAGCACCCUUGAGGCGCCUGAACGUCCAGGAGGCGUCGCUCACGUCUCCGGGCGACCAGCUCCUGGACUACAACAAGGACAUCCUGCGGUACAGCCCGACGUGGUGCGCUCGGCCGCCGCGCCCUCGCUGCAGUUCGCGUCGCUGGCGUCGCCCGGCAUGGAGGAGCGGACGUCGCCGCGGCGAAGGCAGCAGCCCCCGGGACAGCCGGCAGCCUGCCCGCGCUGCCGCGGCGCCCAUCCGAGCCGAGUGGGAGCUGCCCUCCCACCGCGUCAGGCGCGCCCUGCCCGCGACCCCCGCGGCCUCGGAGCACGACGACGGCCUCCCCCGCCGGCGGCUCGCCCGAAGCCUGUUCUACGGCGGCAAUAAGGUGCAGCACCCCGACGACAUCAACGACCUGGACUGGAGCGCCGAGACGGAGCGCAUGCGCAAGAAGAAGCAGGCGCGACAGCGGCAGCGCGACCAGGGCCAGGACGACAGGAGCGGCAUCCAGGUGCUGCGCGAGGACGGCGUCAUGUCCGGGAUCAUGUCCUCCCUCCUCGGCAAGGUGGUCGGCGUCAUCGGCUACCUGGGCAACCGGCUCACCAGGCUUACCGGGGGGCAGCCGUAGAGGGAGCGCCCAAUGAUGUUUCCGCAAAGGCGAUCCGUACAAUAUUAGUACAAAAUUGGAGUGAGAGAUUUUUAUUUUCGCGGGACUGAUAUGCUUUGGCAGAAAAUGUACGAACAAUAUUUAUGUAUUUUCCAGCGUUAUUACUAGUUUUUGCUUACUAAGUGUUUGUUUUCGUUAUUUAUUUAUAAUAAAAUGUUUUAUUUUGUCGGCAAA